AUGCAGUAAAAAGUUCAUCUAAAAUCGCUUGAUGAUGCUUGUGAGGAUCCUCAUCUUCAUGAAGCGAUAAAAUUGUUUUUAACAAUGAAUAAAGACAAUCAUACAAGGGAAGAACUAUAUUUUAUAUUAUAAAGAAUGGAGGAACUCCCAUACUUUAAACAAUUUGUGGCUGAAAAAUUAUAAAAAGGAACUCAAAGAAAUGAUAUACUUGAGGUAUUUAUUAGGUUUUUCCAUUUAGUUGUGUUCUAGAUUGAGAAUGGAAUAUUUUAAAGGAGGAGAAGUGUUAUUUGAAGAAAAUGAUCCUUCAAAUGAUAAGCUUUACAUUAUUUUUUAUGGUGAUGUUAUGCUUAUGAGAAUGAAAAAAAUGGAUUAGCUAAUGACAUUGUAAAGAUAGAAUUCAGAAGCGGCUCCUUAGAUUCAGAAUUAAUAACAGCAAUUUAAAAUUUCUACAAUUUUACAUGCAAAAAGACUAACUCAUAAAAUAGUCAAACAUCAUAAUCAUCAUAAAGAAUCAUGCAUAAAUUAAGAGGAAAAAAAAAGAUUAGAAUAAUCAUAUGGCGAAUGUAUGCGCAUAUUAGGAGAAGGAAACGGUUUCGGUGAAAAAGCUUUGGCAGAAAAUAUCCCAAGAACUCUUACUGUUGCAUGCUAUAGCUUAGAAUCAUUUAUAGUAGUGUUGAAAAAAGAUGACUUUUUGACAUAUCAAAUGACAUUUGAAAAAACCAAAAAAGAAAAGCAAUAAUUGAUGUUUAAUAUAUUUAAGAGUAAUUAUCUCUUGGAAUAAUUUAGAUGUCAAUAAUGAAUAUUCAUCUUAGAGAUUGGAAAGUAUGAUUUACAGUUGUUAAACAAUUUAAUAUGAUAGAGCAACAUAACUAACAUCAGAAGACGAAAGUGGCGAUUCAUUUUAUAUAAUAAUAUCAGGUGACGUAACUGUAUAUAAAAGAGUUGAUAAUAAAAAUAUUCCAUUAUGCAUUGUUUCAUAAGGACAUUUAUUAGGAGAAGAAAUAGUAAUUAAUAAAAGUGCUAAUUAUGAAUUUACAUCAUAAGUCACAUCUUUAUAAGCUUUAGUUAUUGUCAUAGAUUCUUAAGAGUUUAUUCAUAAAUUUCCAGAAGAGUGUAGAAUUUAGAUAGAACAUGAUUAUAAAUAAAAAAGUCGUAAUCGAUAAAAUUUAGUUAAACUACUUUGUUAAAAAAAAAAAAUUGAUACAAUAACAAAUGGAGUUUAAAAAGAUUAGAUUUUAAAAUUAGCUGAAAUAGAUAAUUAUUAUGUAAGCAAUAGAACAAGUUUCAAUAGUGCCAAAAAAUCAGAUUUAAAAUUAAAUUCAAAUUUUUUAAUGGUUUAUUCUAAUCCAAGUGUUUAAAAUUAUUGUAUUCAAUCUAUUGUAGAAAAAGAAAAAGUUUUUUCUUCAGUACAAUUAAAUUUGAAUCCAAUUAAUAAUAAUUAAAAUGAACCUAGUGAAUUUAAUUUAGGUAAUCUAUCUAAAGAUUAUCUUAAAAGAAGAAAAAUUUUAUUUUAAUCUAAAUUGAAUUAAAAACUCCCUUUAUAAAACUUUUUAAAACCUAGUUCUAGAGUACUUCCUAUGUCAAUAAAGCGUGAUGUCUUUAGAAAUUAUAAAUCAAAUAAAAAUAGAAUUAAUUUCCAUUCUAGUGUGAACAUUUUUAAUUAUGCUAGUCCAGUAUCAUAAAACAAAUCUAAUUAAAAAUUCAUAUAAUACGAUUGUAGAGAAAGUAGCACAAAUAUAUACACCUAAUUUGAUGAUAAAUAGUCUAUUUGA